AUGUAUCAACAUAAUCAAAUUGAGAAUCGUUCACUUCGUAAUGGAAAACAACCUUGUCGUCCGUGUUCACGUGUUUAUUUAUUUAUGAUUCCAUUUGCUCUUAUUCUUUUUGGUGCAACCAUCGGUGCAGUUCUUACUGCAGUGAUCCAGAUACCUACAAGAACCUCAAGAACUGCCACUACAGUAACAACAACAACCAGUACCUCGACAUCAACAACAAGCAAAACAACUAGCAGUACAUCAUCAUCGACAAGCACAACAACUAGCAGUACAUCAAGAUCAACGAGUACCAGCUCUACAACAAAAACAACAACAACAAGCGAGUUAUUCAUUAUUCUUAUUUGUUUAAAAUAA